AUGGACUUAUGGGUUCCACUUUCCUUUCAUGCACUGGCAUGUCUCAUCGCCGUGGCGAUUGUCGAUUCAGAGACAACAUCAGACCUACAGAGUGACCUCCCCAAGAAUUUCUCGCUAAACUAUGAGGAAAGUGUCGCCCAAAUUUACCUGUUCUGGGAGGAAUCCCUGAUUAUAACUCAAAAGGCGAUUUACGAACUGACAUACACCAUCGGUGGGAACUCUGGAAGCUAUGAGAUUCAAAAUGCUCCACUUGAGUUCGUUUUGGAUAAACCACCUUGUACGAUAAUCGGCCUGACUUUACGAGUGCACAAUACGACGGACUAUUCCGAUGAAUUUGCUAUGAUCGCCUUUGAAUCACAACCUGAAACUCCGUCCGAACCAACCAUGCCAACAGUGGUAAACGAUCCUUCGUUAUCCGGACAACAGCUCACCUGGCUGCCACCCGUAAAUUACUCGCAGUCAUGUUCGCUUCAGUAUGAAGUGAUUUUCCGCACUGAGAACGACACAUGGGAAAGUGCGGUGGUUGAGGAUACCCAGUACCAGGCAAAACUACUGAAUUGGGAUACGAAAUACUUUUAUCGUGUUAGGGCGCUGGCGGGAAAACAAAAACUUGCGGGUCAAUUUUCAGAAGAAGUAUCUCUAAGUACGAGCGAAAUUCCGUCCACCCGACCGCAAGCACCACAAAUUAUUCAUCAAGACACUUCCUGUGGGACCAUCUUUAUCCGGUGGAUUCAGGCUGAACCAGAAGCCGCCGUGAUUGUGUUCAAAAUCAAAGUCAUUUCACUUGAUGGCAAGGAAGAAAAUAGCCAUAUCACAGGAGAAAACGAACUGUUAAUACGAAAUCUCGUCUGCGACCAAAGUUAUCACGUUUCUGUCUUUGCACACAAUGCCUGUGGACUAUCACUCCCGUCCGAAACGAAGGUGAUCAUAGCAAGAAGCGAAGCCCCGCCAAAUAAACCAGAAGAUUUCGAAGUGGAUCCCGGUCCAACAUCAAUUUCCCUCCGGUGGAAGGAUGCCCAACCAACUAAGCUGGAUUUGAGUUACAAAGUUACUCUAACGGAACUCAACGCAACUGAAUGGGACACCUUCUACACAGAACGCGUGACGAAAACGCCCCAGAUCCGAGUAACACGGCUCCCGCCGUGCACCGAGUUCAUCUUACGUGUUGUUGCGACAAACCCAUUCGGUACAGUGGCAUCCGAUGACAUAUUCGUUCGCACAACAGCCCCAGUUCCCGAAGUACCAAGCAAUAUUGAGGUUACCUACGUGAAUGCAACCUCCCACAUCGUUUCCUGGGAUCCUAUUCCACUUGAGACGAGGCGGUGUAAUCUUUCCUAUCGAAUUGAAGCAAACAACGUUUACGAUGGAGUGUCAGAUGUGUUCAAUACCUCCGAAACUAGCUUCAUAGUCAGUAAUCUGGAACUCAAUCGAACUUACACGUACACCGUCGCGGCGCUGUUGGGGUCGCCGAUCGCAAUCAGUGAAGCUUCCGGUGCUGUUGUUCUAAACACCCCUCCCGCCGUGCUUGAAGGAAUGUUGUGGAAGAACAAGUCUCAACUCAAUAGUUUUGGGUCUGACAUAGAGGGAUCAUCAGGAUCUGUAGAUGAGGAAAUCUCAGUCAGCUGGUCAAAGCGGAUGCUUCACUGUGGGAAUGCGGAUGAAGCUGAAGUUUAG